GGUCAUUCGAUUAUUCUCCUUCGAUAUCGUUCACGAGGAAUAGCCAUGUCGCUCCAUAACGUGAUAAUCUUGGUUUCGUGUUUGUUAGCCUCAGCCACGGCUUUGCAAAAACUCACAGAGUUAUACAAAUGGUCUUCGUUAGAUUACACAUUUUCCAGUGAAGAACACAAAAAUUACGCUUUAGAACGAGGAGAAUUCGUGCCGGAAAACAAUUUACCAGUGGGAAUCGAAGUAUGGAAAAAUAAAUUGUUCGUUACUGUUCCAAGAUGGAGUAAUGGAGUUCCUUCUACGUUAAAUUACAUACCAUUGGAUGUGAGUUCGACUCAAUCCCCAAAAUUGACACCAUACCCAAAUUGGGCAUACAACAGAGAGGGUAACUGUGAUGGUUUAACAACUACAUACAGAGUAAAAGCAGACAGCUGUAACAGACUUUGGGUUUUGGAUUCUGGAACUGUUGGAAUUGGUAAUACAACAAAGCAAGUAUGUCCAUACGCUAUCCAUGUGUUCGAUUUGACCACAGACAAAGUUUUAAGGAAAUACACUUUGAGACCAGAAGAUACUAAUGACCGAACAUUUAUUGCUAAUAUCGCCAUUGAUAUUGGAUCUAAAGGGUGCGAAGACACGUUUUUGUACGCGUCUGAUGAGCUUGGCUAUGGUUUAAUAUCUUACAGCUGGGAAUCAAACAAAUCGUGGAGACAUACACAUAGCUUUUUGAUGCCCGACCCAUUAGCUGGAGAUUAUAAUAUCGGAGGUAUCAACUUCCAAUGGGGAGAGGAAGGAAUAUUUGGUAUCACGUUGUCACCAAUAACUGAAAGCGGUUUCCGAUUAUUGUUCUUCCACCCACUAGCCAGCAACCGUGAGUUUGCCGUUUCUACAGAAAUUUUACGUAAUCCCAAACUCACCUCAGAAGAAAUAUAUCACGACUUCGUUGUAUUGCCAUCCAGAGGACCUGGUGGUCACGUUACAGCACAUUACAUGCAUGACGAUGGAAUUCUUUUCUUCAAUUUAAUCGAUCGAAACGCUGUAGGUUGUUGGAAUUCUAGACUUCCUUAUGAACCUAAAAAUUUGGGAAUUAUAGACGUCGAUGACGAGGCUUUGAUCUUCCCCAGUGACGUCAAAGUAGAUUCGUUAAACAACGUUUGGGUUAUUUCUGAUAGAAUGCCCAAUCAUUUAUUGUCUAAACUUAACUUCAACGAUAUCAACUUCCGUAUUUUCUUCGCACCUCUUGAUGCAGCUUUGGCUGGUACAGUUUGUGCAGGCAAUAUUCCUUAUAUUCCACAGGAACAAUCAAAUUAUGUCACAUCUAAGGUUUAUUAAAAAAAAAAAAUAAUUGCAAUAUUUCAAUAUCUAUUUUGUAGAUCAUAGCAUUAAUAGUUUAAUUUUAAAAAGUUAGUAGACGAUAACCUGCAAGAAAUGAUAAAUAGGUAUUUCUUUCAGUCAACUGUUAAUAUCAAAUUUUAGAAAACCAAAAGCGUACUUUAGACAUCUUAUAAUAUUUGCUUUUAUUUUUAUCAAAACCUUAUUAAUAAAUGCAUCCAAAGCUAAGUUAAAACCUCAAAAAUACUUAAGCCUAGUAUUUCACAACAUUUGAGUUAUAUUAUUUUGUAAAUAUUAUAUUGCUAUUAUAGUAUAAUCACAAAUUAUAUUUUUAAUUUAUUUAGCUGAUAAGAACAUUUUAAGUUGUACAUGAUAUGAAUUAUAGCUAACAACUAACACAAUCCUUUGUACAAACAAUUUGUAAUUUAAUUAUUUAUUUUGAAUAAAAAAAUAUACUGCUCUUAUAAAAUAA